AUGGACGACUUCUCCGACGAUGACUUCGACGAGCUCAACGUCACGACUCUCCAGGAGCUGGAGAACAAUGCCAUCCAGUUCACGCAGGCCCAGCAGCUCGGCCCCACCCAGGCCGUGAACGAUGACGACUAUGGGCUCGAGGACGAUGAUCUGGAUGACACCGUUGUCAUAGAUGAGGCCGCCCAGCUUCCCGUCCGCCACUCGGUCGAGAGGCAGUCCCCCGCCCAAGCUCCCUCCCUUGUGCAGGACAAUGGCUUGCAGCCCGCCCGCUCGAUACAACAGCCACGAUGGCAGCAGCCUGCGACUGGCCCGGGGCUUUCUCAGUAUCAGCCUGCGCGACAGUCCGCUUCCUCGUCCAGUCGAAUGGUCCCUCCUCGCCCAACAAUACCACAUCACAUGGGACCUCCUCCUCCACCAACCGCGAGCCGCUUUGCUCCUCGACCGUCCGACCCCCAGUAUAAUCGCCCCCAUCCGCCACCUCCCCGUCCCACCUACCAGCAAAGCCAGGCCUCGCAGCAACAGCCCGCUGUCAUACAGCAGAACCGGGACGGGCAAUUUUCGGCACUCCAGGCUCGUGUCAGAGCCCUUGAAAACGACUUGAAUUCGGCCCGUGGGGAGGCGUCUAUUGUGCGCUCCAAAUACGAAAGGUCUGUCGCAGCCCACGAGGCCGAAGUGUCCAAGCUCAAGAAACAGAAUGCCGAAGCCUUGGCUAAACAGGAACGUCUUGUCGAGGCUGCCGUGCACGCGGAGAAGGCUGCUGCCACGGAGUUGCAGUUCACGCGGCAGGACUUGAGGGAAGAGCUACAGAAAUCCAAGAAGGGCCGCAAGGAACCCGCUGAAGCAACAUUCUCGACGCCCAGAAAGAACAAAACGAACAGCUUCAAGAACAUUGCAGAUGGCUUCGACGAUGUGGAAAUACUACCCAGUCCCUCCAAGGCCCAGGGAGGGUUGAAGGGUAAAGGAAAGGGCGCUGCACUUGCGCCCGGCGAAAGGACCCCGAGCAGGGCUAAGAGGAAACGGGCUGCUAUCGACAGUCCAGUGACCGCUCUGGAGGUCGAAGAUGAUGCUGUCGUGGCCGAUGCUGCUCCUCCUACUCAGUAUGAAGCGCCAGGCUCGAGCCUCCGCCCGAGUGCUCUUCCGUACGACUUGCUGCGACUCGUCCUAGACCAUGGCGCUAUUCAUGGCCAGCCUUUGACGUUCGAUCUACUUGCUCGAUACAGCUUCCCGUCGGACCCUGAACAAUCAUUUGCCGGCAUCAUAUUUCACAGGCUUCCUUCGCUCGGCGAUCCACAUGAUCCCGUGCGCUUGCUGAUCGACUUCUGCGACAUGAUCAUAGACUUGUGGGAUCAAUGCCUUCGAGAGAAAUACUACGAGCCUAUAUAUGACCUGGUGGCACUGAUCACGUUCAUUCUGCAACUAAACACCAUUUCAGUUGCACCUUAUAUUACGUCGACCUUGGUUCCAGUUGCACAGACCACGGUGUUCCUACUCGCCGUUCCACGAUUUGAAAGCCAGGAUGGUGAUUUGGCGUCCCGCGCGGAUGAGACAAUACAGCACCUCGUCCUGAACAUCGACACCGAAGGCACACUGCAGCUGAUGUAUCUCGCCGCUCUGGGCUGCGCCGAUUCUUACCUUCUCGACCCUCAACAUCCUCUGGAUCUUGGUCCAGCGCGGGACUCGCCACAGAGGCUCUACUGGAAGCUCAUGCAAAUUGACUUUGUGCUGGUGAUGCUCUCCCCCAAACAACCUCGCGACGAUUUUCUCGGUAUGCUCAGCCUGCUUUGCACUUCUUGUCUGGCCGAGUCUAUAGGGCCGAUCACCAGCGAGCCGGACCGUGAUCCAGCCUUCGUGGCCCAGGCACUCAUAGAACGUGUUUCCAAAAUUAUGCACGAGCCUCGGAGCUGGGCCGCUCCGGGCGAGUCGUCAGGCUCCUUUGGGCAUCGGCAGUGCGUUGUCAGGCUGGCAGCUCUGAGGACCCUCAUGGCUUUUGCACAGUCUACUGUAGGGGCCAGGCAGCUGGCGCUCAGUGAUGUAGCCAUACCAAGGCUAGUCAACGUCCUAUGUGGAGCGAUAGAUGCGCUGUAUGACAUGGACGUUCCAGUGGAAUUGCUUCACCCCGCCUUUGACGACGACGAAGGCGAAAAAGCGGAUCAGAAGAUGCAAGAAGAAAAGCCACCAGCUGACUCCGAGGCCAUGGAAGGGGUGGAUGACGGCACCGCCAACCGACCGAUUAACCUAGACGAAGACGACGCUGAGUUGCUACCGCCGUCAACGCCAACUUUGCCAUCACAAGCGCGCCUCGAUCCGAGCCCAACCCCUCUCUUGUACACCAUUGCGUCGUCGGUGAUACUACUCCUCCACACGCUCGUCACCGACCCGGCGACGUCGGCAUAUACAGAUAUGCGUGCCAAGCUCUCGACGUCUCACGGCGCGCCGCAGAAGUACCUGCUUACACUGUCGCGGCUCAAUUAUGCCGAAGAGGAUCUGGUGCUGGAGGCCGGGAUCGACCAGGGCACGCUCGACCGGGCGAACGAGCUGCUGGAUCUGGCUAUCACGCCAGACGAGGCGGAGGGGGUGAGACAAGUCUUCGGUGCUUAA